UGGCAUCGUACGGCCCUGGAAUACGGGACAAAUAGUUGCGCGCGCAACCUCCACGUUCUUUGCACGACCGAGAGAGAGUUCAACGGAGACGACGUAUUGCGAUGAGAACGACAGAGAAAGUAAAAGGAAGGGAGAGAGAGAGCGUGAGAGAUGGGGAGAAAAAGGAGGGGAGAAAAGAGAGGGAGAGGGAGUACGAUCCUCCGAGACGCGUAUACGUGUGCGUCGUCGUCGUCGCGUGCGAAGCCGAAAGAGUAGGUAGCACACUUCCGAAGUUGUGCGCGCGUACAACACCGUGAGAGUUCAAUUCCUCUCCGCGCAUACGUGUUAUCCUGAUACUACCUUUCGUCCUUGUUCGACCGAUAACGCGCGUAUGUAACGAUAGGGGCGUACGAUAGUAAAAUUUUCAUUUAGGACGAGUGCACGGAAAAAAGAAGGGACGACAGGGCGACUCAUCGACAAAAAUUUGGAAACUUGUAUAUGCAAGUAACAGCCAGCGCAACAGUAACGACAAUAACGACGAGGAAGGCGAAGGCGACGGAGACGGCGACACCGACAGCGACGGUGGCGGUGGCGGCGGCGACGACGACGACGUCAAACGGACAACAACGACAACACAACGUGAAAUCGGUGUGUGCGCGCGAGGCCUUCUCUGUGAUUGUGUACGUGUACCUGACUCUUGCGCGUGUCUUUUAGUGGCGCGUGCACGUGUAUGUGCGUCGUCGUUGACUGAUAGGUACGCGUGAGGUGAGGUGCGGUGUGGUGAGGUGCGGUGCGGUGUGGUGAGGUGAGGUGAGGUACGGUGAGGUGAGGUGCGGUAGGUGAAGUGAGGUGAGGUGUGCUGAGGUGAGUGGCAUAUCGAAGGGAAAAGAGCGAAGAGAGUGAAUUGACCGAACGCGCAACGACGACGACGACGACGACGACUUUGCCAUCGUCGCCGCCGUGUGCCGAGAAGAGACAGAAAGAGAGAGAAAGAGAAAGAAGAGAGAGAGAGAAAGAGAAAGAAGAGAGAGAGAGAGAGAGAAAGAGAGAGAGACGCGCCGCGAUUUCCAUUGGAGAACAAUAAGCCUUGAAAAGAGUAAGAGCGAGGGAAAGAAAGCGUGCGAGUGAGAAAGAAAGAAAGAAAGAAAAAAAGAAAAAAAUAAAUAGAGAUAGAGAUAGAAAACUAUCGUGAAGUGUGCCCUAGAGGUGAGACACGAGAGAACGCGGCCGAGUUCGACGAGUAACGGAACAACGACGCGGGCUCUAAUAUAACAGAGAAAAAUUGACGAUACGACUGCGAGAAAAAAGAAAAAAAAAAAAAAAAAAAGAAAAAAAAAGGAAAAGAAAUAAAUGAAAGCGGAGGAAGCUAUAAAAGAAAUAAACAAAUAAAUAAAAAAAUAAAUAAGAAAAAAAAAAAGAAAAAGAAAGAAAGGAAAAAGAAAAAGGAACAAUAAUACGACGAUGCGCGUACGCGACGCGACUCUUCUUCCGUGAUUCGUUGUCAUGUCAUAUGAGGCGAAGCGUCUGCGCCUCGUUCGUUUAGUUGUACAGUGACGCCAACGAGAAAGAGGAAUAAGACACGAAGAGAGAAGGAAAAUUCUCUGAAAAGUCUAGCGAUCGCUUUACUACAUCCUCUUCCGCUUUUCGUACGCGCAACUUUUUCUUCCUUUAUUUCCUCUUUCGUAUCCCUACCCCCUCUUAUCCUUUUCUCUUUCUCUUCUUAUUCCCUUUCCCCCACCCCGUCCUCGUUUUCACAGAGAUACGAAGGUAGCCAAGAGCGCGUCCGUUUCCUCCUCCUCUUCUUCCUCCUACUCCUACUCUUUCCCUUUCCCCUCUAACCCCCCAUCCACCCCUCUCUCGCUCUAUCCUUCCCUCUCUCCUUCCCUCUCUCUUUCUCUUUACCUCUCUCACUCUCUCCGUUGCAAUUCUCCUCCUUCGAACGAUAGCCGCAGUCAGACAUUGCUCACUUCUCGACCUGACGGCUGUUCUGUGUUUACGCUGGAAGGAUUGACAAAUCACAACGAUGUACGCGAAGGGAAAGGGGUCCAGCGUACCAUCGGAUGCUCAGGCCAGAGAAAAAUUAGCUUUGUAUGUAUACGAAUACCUUCUUCAUGUUGGCGCACAAAAAGCAGCACAAACAUUCCUAUCGGAGAUUCGAUGGGAGAAAAAUAUAACGCUUGGAGAACCACCUGGGUUUUUACAUUCAUGGUGGUGUGUGUUUUGGGAUCUGUAUUGCGCAGCACCAGAACGACGAGAUUCAUGUGAACACAGUAGCGAGGCCAAAGCUUUUCAUGAUUAUGGUUUUGUGAACAGUGGUUAUGGCGUUAAUGGAAUUGCACAUAAUGCUGGCCCAGCUCCAUCUCCAAUUGGACAGAUGCCACCUAAUGAUGGUAUGCCUGGUGGUCCAAUGCCUCCAGCAUUCUUUCCAAACAACUCGACAAUGCGACCAUCUCCGCCCACACACCCCUCAUCACAGCCAUCCCCCCAGCACCCCCAGCCACCCCCGCCCCCACACUCGCAGAUGAUGUCCACUCAGUUUAUGGGCCCAAGGUAUCCUGCUGGCCCACGACCAGGAGUACGUAUGCCACAAAUGGGAAAUGAUUUCAAUGGGCCACCUGGACAACCAAUGAUGCCAAAUAGCAUGGAUCCUACUAGGCAAGGCGAAGCUGGAGAAUUUGUAGGGUGGCAAGGCCCUCCAGGAAUGAAUCCUAUGAAUCCACGAAUGAAUCCUCCACGAGGCCCUGGUAUGGGUCCAAUGGGACCUGGAAGUUAUGGUCCCGGAAUGCGAGGGCCACCUCCUAACAGUAGUUUAGGUCCUGGUGGUCCAGGAGGUCCUGGUAUGCCCCCUAUGAGUAUGGCUGGACCAGCUGGAAGACAACAGUGGCAACCGAAUACGUCAACGCCGAUGAAUUACUCGUCAUCAUCGCCGGGUAACUACGGAGGUCCACCAGGUUCGACUGGUCCUCCGGGCCCAGGCACGCCAAUUAUGCCCAGUCCUCAGGACAGCAGUAAUAGCGGCGGAGAAAAUAUGUAUACCAUGAUGAAACCCGUACCUGGUGGAAACAUGCCUGGAGAUUUUCCAAUGACCGGAGGUCCAGAAGGUGGUCCGAUGGGACCUAUGGGUCCUAACACAAUGGGACCGGUUUUAAAUGGCGAUGGUCUUGAUGGAAUGAAGAAUAGUCCAGCUAAUGGUGGACCAGGAACACCACGAGAAGACAGCGGAAGUGGAAUGGGUGACUAUAAUCUGAGUGGUUUUGGAGGACCUGGAGAGAAUGAUCAGACCGAGUCGGCGGCCAUCCUCAAGAUCAAGGAGAGCAUGCAGGAGGAAGCGAAGAGGUUUGAAAAGGACUCGGACCAUCCCGAUUAUUUCAUACAAUAACUUUUCACGAGUCGUUGGAAAGCCCCUGAGACCAAACUAAAAAACAGAGUUUAAUGCGCGAAAGAAACCAAACGAAAGAAAAAAAAAAAAAAAAAAAAAAAAGACACGCAUACACUCACACACGUAAACAUACAUACAUACACACUCACACACACGCAUAUAUAUAUAUAUAAAGGAAAAACGGACAAAAAGCAGCAAAAGAAAAAGAAAAAGAAAAAAAAUAUCAAUAUCCUCUCUUCCUCAUACCCAAUUGCUCCUCCAACCAAUGUGCACUCUUGUCCUAUCAUGGGGAAACGAACAAAGGAAUGAAAAGCGAUUAAAAAAAAAA